AUGGAUUACUACAGAAAAUAUGCAGCUGUCAUUCUGGUCAUGCUGUCCAUGUUCCUGCAUAUUCUUCAUUCUCUUCCUGAUGGAGACCUUAUUAUUCAGGGUUGCCCAGAAUGUAAACUAAAGGAAAAUAAAUACUUCUCCAAGCUGGGUGCCCCCAUCUAUCAGUGUAUGGGCUGUUGCUUCUCCCGGGCAUACCCCACUCCUGCAAGAUCCAAGAAGACAAUGCUGGUUCCAAAGAACAUUACCUCGGAGGCCACAUGCUGUGUGGCCAAAGCAUUUACUAAGAACAGACCACCAACAUCCUGUAUGGCCUUUGGUGGUAACAUGGUCAUGGACAGUAACAUGACCUCAGGCUUGAGUACACCCAUGGACCCCAGCAUGGCCCUCAGCAACAACAUGGACAUAGACAGGAACAUGGCCUCAGGUGGCUGCAUAGGUCACUCACAUCAACAUGGCCCUCCAGUGACAGCACAGACCACAGACAUCAAUAUUGAUUCAGGCACUUAG